AUGAUAAUUGGGGGCGCUAUAAGACGAACGUAUGCUACGUCAAGGCUUUCAGACCCAUGGAAGUCAUUCAAAGGUCCCAGAUGGGCGGUCGCUGUGACGACAGCAGCAGCUGGUUCUGCGAUAUAUUUCAAAUGGAGGCAAUCGGAAGCCAGAGAGCUAUCUCCUGAAUAUUUUACGCCCUAUAGAAUUUCGUUCAAGGAGGACAUUGAUCGUUCACACUUUCUGCUGGAGCUUACUCCAGUUGUUGAGCAGCAACAGAAUCUAUGGGCAAAACUGGGCUGUGAAAAGCUGUGGUCUGUAGAGAUUAAGCAGCCAGAGGUCAUGGUUGUCCGAAAUUAUACACCACUUCCGCUACAGAUGAACAAGGAUAACAAGUCUCUGGAAAUUCUGCAAGACGGUGAACACGCUGGUGGUAAGCUACUCUUCUACAUCAAGCAAUAUGAGCAAGGUGAAGUAGCGAGAUGGCUGCAUAGGCUGCCAGAAAAUCAUAUUGUGGAAUUGCGUGGGCCCUUCAUAGACUACGAGUUCCCGCAUUACAAAUCAGAGAUUAAAAGAGAUCGAAGCUUUCUGAGAUCAAAUGGUUCUGACGAUGAAGGUAAAGAGGAGACAUUUAUAUUCCAACCGUUCGAUAUUGCCAUGUUUACGGCUGGCACAGGCGUCGUUACCGCGCUGCAGCUGCUGUUGACGGAGAACCCCUUCAGAGGAACCAUAGAUUUGUUCUACUCGUGCCAUUCCUACGAUGAACUUGGGCCUCUAGGGACCAUUCUCAGGACCCUCGAAAGGAGCAAUAGAGUGCGGCUUCACGUAAUUGAGUCCCGCAAUCGAUCUUCGAGAGCUGAGAAUCUCAAGAUCAUUUCUAAGUCUAUCCUGCCGCCCUCGCCGUAUACUGGGCAGGUCCCUUACAAGGGCAAAAAAUCCUCGAUCCUCGAGCCUGUAUUAUCACUGGUGUGCGGUCCCGAAGGCUACGUGGCUGCGAUAGCAGGCCCCAAAUAUGAGCCGGCGCAAGGGCCCGUACUUGGACUGCUUGAGAAGAAGCAGUGGACUAGCGACAAUGUUUAUAAACUUUCAUAG